UCAUAAAACAGCUGAUUUACACGUUGACUUAUAUUUGUUUACUUUAUGCCUCAUUUUUAUAUACAUCAAAUAAUAUCGAAAUAAAUAUUUCUUUAUAGGUUAAAAUAGAAUAUUUAAACAAGUUAUUACGUUAUUAUUGAAUAAUAACAAUUUCUUGAUAAAAAAAAUGACAGCAAAGGUGUAUCAACCUGAUCAAGAGUUAGAAACUAAAGUGAAGAAAGCAACGGAAAGAAUAUCUGAGAAUAUGCACAUAGUAGCAAACGAGCCAUCGUUGGCAUUUUAUCGGCUUCAAGAGCACGUUAGAAAAGCUUUACCACCGAUGGUGGAAAAACGAGUUGAAGUAUUGGCUCUUCAGCAACAACUUUUAGGUAGAUGCUAUGACGUGGAGUAUGGUGUUAGUGCGAUCAAAGGAAUGCACAGUGCUGGAAAAAGUUUUGAAAAUACUUUGGAAUUUAUUAAAAAUGCUAUAUUUUUCAAGCAACAAUUGAAAUAUGAAGAACAACGUAGACAUAAAAAGGAUGGAAAUAGAGAUUCUGUUUACAAAAGACUUUCAGCACAUAUUCCUACGUUGGAUCAUUUACCAGAUGAGAUAUCUGAUGUUGUUAGAGAAACUGCAAAUAGAGUAGAAUCUAUGAUGAAUCAUGCUAGACAUUCUGGAGAAUUGCAAAGAACUAAUACUGUUCAUAAUUAAAAUGAAAACAAGAUUUGUUUGUUUAUUCUAUAUUGGUUUAGAAUUAUAAUGUUUUUUUUU